ACUGAUUUCAACAGAUUUAUGUUUUCAUACAUUUUGCCUUUGGCACCGCUGUCCGCUGUGCUCUGUGGGUAAUGUAGUCCAAUUGACUCUAAUACGUGUAGAAACAAGUACAAACAAGGAACUCCAGAAGGAAUCACGAGAGAAUCACUGAAGGAAGAUCUCGACCUAUCCUUUUUCUCCUGAGAUGCUGCCUGACCCGCUGAGUUAUUCCAGUAAUUUGUGUCUAUCUUCAAUAAAUUGCAGAUGCUGGUUUACACAAAAAAUAAAUAAAGUUCCGUAGUAACUCAGCGGGUCAGGCAGCAUCCUUGGGAGAACGUGGAUAGGUGACGUUCCGGGUACAAACCAUCUUCAGACUGAGAGUCAGGGGAAAGCUGUGACACUCCGCCCGGAAACCACUCAUUCUCCUCCGGCUCUGCCUUGUUGACGUUAUGGGAAUUGUAGUCCCGCACAAAAAAAAGAGCAGGCAAGUCGAAAAUAGCCCUUUCUUAACCAGAGUACAAUUCCCAAAAGGCAGUUUCAACCAUUCGACGAGGCCACUAAUCGGCUUGUCCUAUGGUAUUGCAGGCAAUUUCACAGCGACAUUGCCGAUACAGGUGGCCCUGCACAAACCUACGCCUCUCAUUUAACAGCGCACAACCAUCAUACGAACUGGCCACACCAUCUCCCCCGUCCGCACCUUUUCACCAGGAUCUUUGCUUUUCACAGUCAACACAGCUGCUUGGUGGGAGUCGUAGUCCAAUCCUUUUACGUCCCGUCAAUGCUGACGGCCGGCCGCGCACACGGAGACUACAACUCCCGAGCGGCAUCGCGGUUCCACCCAUUUCCAGCUGAGGAAGAUGGCGACGGCAGCGUUGAACAAGCGGAGGAGGCGGUAGCUACGGCGCUGAAAACGAAGGAGAUACGCCGCAGACGGACGAGGGAGGUGUUUUGCAAAAAGGACAAAAAUAUAAAAGGAGCAGAAGAUAUUGGGUGAAACUCCACCAUCCCCCAAGCUCCCACUCCAUUGGUCAGAACAACUAAGAUAUUGAGUAGGAAGCCCCUUCCCAUCAGCCUGGGCCUGGUGUUUGGCGUCUUCUCGCUCCCCAACUCUUCAACAAGACUACUCUGGGCUGGUAGCCUGAUAUUGCCCAGAACUACAAGAGAAACACAAUCUACUACGCUGUCCUCCCUCGCUUUCUGCAGCAAGGUUUUGAUUGGUUCGUGGGUUAUAUUCUCCUUUUUCGACCGGUUGCCUUUUCUUGCCAUCCAUCCACGAAGCUCAAAGUCUGCCUUGAGCAGCCUCUACUGAGCACCCAACUUCCACAUUUUAACCCGAAGACUCUGUUUAACCUUCCCUCUCUUGUCAAAAACUUAACUUUUUCGCUCGGUUGUUUUGUUUAGCCUUUAAGCCACUAUUGGUAGACUGGCUGGACUUUUGUUACGAAGCAACAUAUUUAUUGGCUCUUUUCAUUAGGAGAAAGGUUAAAAUCAUCAAUUUGAAGAUAUUCUGAUCCCCUGAUAAUUAUUACAAAGGAGGGCUCCAGUGCAUUGCACCCACAUACUUUUUGGUGCUGAUUUUAACUCCAAGGGAUCUAACCUCUUCCAUCCUCAGUCUGAACUCUUCUUCACUACAACAAAGUUACUUUGCCCUGCUAACCUCUUACCCCACCUCUCCUUUAAAUCCCAUCUGCUAGUGAAGGCUUUGAUAACGCCCCCCUCCCCCUUCCCCCCUUUGCAGAGUCUGUCUGGGCUAGGUGUAGUGUAAAAAAGUUGGGAAGGCCUUUCGUAGGAAGGCAGGGAUUUCUCCUGAGUUGGUGGGGGAGAGGGGGGGGGGAUGUGAUGCAACACGAGAGAGUCUGACUGCCCGGUGUCGCACUCACGAGUCCCCCUCUUGCAAGAAAGAGGUGGGGGUGGGGGGAGGUGAUUUCUGUGCACAGGGGAGGUGUUUCUCUUCAUCGCCCACUGCCCCCUCACCCCUUCCUCCAUGGCGGCCAGUGGGAAGAGGAGUGGCCAGCAGUGGCCGGAGGAGCAACUGAGCAAGCAGCACGGGCUGCACUCGUUACACCGCAUGUUCCAGAUCGUGGGAGCCCAGCUCACCCACCGGGACGUCCGCGUCCUCUCCUUCCUCUUCGUCGACGUCAUUGCUGACUACGAGCGGGGACUGAUCCGCAGCGGCCGUGACUUCUUCCUGGCCCUAGAGCGGCAGGGCCGCUGUGAUGAGACCAACUUCCAACAUGUUCUGCAACUCCUGCGCAUCAUCACCCGACACGACCUGCUGCCCUACGUCACACUUAAGCGGCGCAAGACCGUAUCGCCGGAUCCCGUGGAUAAAUACCUGGAGCAGAGUUCCGUCACCUAUGUCAUGCCCCGAAGCUUGGCUGCUGAGGGAGCGACAGAGCACAACAAACCAGGUCGGCUGUUGUGCUGUUCCCCUGUUGUGUCCCAUCCCCUCCGACAGAGACUGUACCAGGGCCGUGGUGCAGGGGGCCGGCGGGGAAAGCAGAAGACCACCGUGCUGGACAGCAAGGAGAAGCAAACCUGUGACAUCCGGCUUCGUGUGAGGGCCGAGUACUGCCAGCACCAGACAGCGCUGGAGGGCAACGUCUUCUCCAACAAGCCGGGCCGGCUGGAGCGCCAGUUCGAGCGCUUCGCCCAGGCUAACACCAUCCUCAAGUCCCGGGACCUUGGCUCCAUCAUCUGCGACAUCAAGUUCUCCGAGCUCACCUACCUCGACGCCUUCUGGAGGGACUACAUCAACGGCUCGCUGCUCGAGGCCCUCAAGGGCGUCUUUAUCACCGACUCCCUCAAGCAGGCCGUGGGCCAUGAGGCCAUCAAGCUGCUGGUCAACGUGGACGAGGAUGACUAUACGGCAGGCAGGCAGAGGUUGCUACACAACCUCAUGCUGCAGCACGGGCCCUGAGGGGCAGGGGCGUGGGGGGCACCUCCAACACACAGGCCUGGAGGGUGGUGUGUGCUCCGCUCUUCUCCCCUCUAACCCCCUCCCUUUAUCUAAGCCCUCUCCUUCUCUCUAUCCCUGUCACUGCUGCUCCUCUAACUCUGUUCCUUUCUCCAUCUACUCGCCAUUCCUCAGGUCUCCCCCACUCACUCACUCCCCUCCACGUUUGCUGACUAAACCCUCCAUCUCACGCCCUCCUCCCCCUUGGCACCCGCCUCUUGCCCCCCACCCUGUGCCCAUUUCCUCCCCCUUUUUCC